AAAGCAUUUCAGAUGCUUGAUGUUGCUCAGACCCUGACAAUCACAAAGGAUGAAUUCAGGAGAGUGACUGAAACCUUUCUCAUCCAUCUGACAGAAUCUGAAUUUGAUGCUAUGCUGGCAGAGGUAUUGGGUGGAUUUGUGUCUUUGCAUUACUUGAAGUCAGUCAGAAAUAGCUUUGUAUUUCCUUUGCCAAAUGAAACUUUUCAAGAGCUAACGAAUAGCUCCCAAGAUUUUGGCUACUUGCCAAAUUCCAAAUUGCCAAUGUCCAACAACAGGUUUGGACUGAAAGCCACGGGUAAAAUAGCUUGGCAACAAUUUUUAGAAAAACUCAGAGAUCCUGGAAACGCCUUUGAAAACAAGCAGGAAAAUAAAUAUUUCAUCUUCACGGAUAAGAUAUACUGUAUAAUUGUUUCUUAUGAAGCACAAGCUAUCUUUCUAGCUUCGGUACCAGAUUCCCUAACUUAUUUACCGGGGGAGGUAGAGAAGAUCCUUUCGGAUAAAAUCACAGAAAAUUGGAAAGAGUUUCAUAAGGCUUUGCAAUCAUAUGACCCUAAGUGCAGGAUGGAUUGUUCUCCUCCAAAGAAGAGGCGGCUGAUAGAGUGGCUCAACACCAUCGAGCCCAUGGAGGUGGACCCUCCUGAGAGCGAUGAGGAGCCCAUGGAGGUGGAUCCAACUCCAUCAGGGCAGAGCCACCAUCAGCCCAUCGCUCUCAGGAAGUGGCGGAGGAAAGCCAGACCCAGAGCCCACCCCUACUACUGGAGUGGCCUGAGGUCCGAAAAAAAAAACAACAUGAUAACGGAUGCAGAGCUAGCUUGUGAUCAGGCUCAUUACUACCUUGUUAUCAAAGCAAGAACCAGAUGGCAUGACCUAGCAAGGAAUGUUCAGGAAUUUGACAGUGAAAGAAAUGGCAUUAUACAGCCAGAGAACAUGAAAAAAGUCUUGUAGAUUGGCAUUGCAAUCACCCCAGAGGAAUUUAAGAAGCUUUGGGCAAGGUAUGACAACUCCUUAGGAAUCAGCAUUCAUGACAGCAAGCUCUCUUAUUUUGAUUUCCUGAGAGCAAUUGAUGAUGGCAGAGCAUCUAAAUACCAACAGAGACAAAAGCAAGAGACACCACCUGCAAGCUUUGCAGCGCUCUGCUUAAAGCAGACCCUAAUUAAGAUAAAAGAAAUAGUUGCAUCAUCUUGUGAUUUGUUGUACAAGACUGAGGAAGGGCAAAAAGUCAUUCUGCCUAAAUUUUCUUGGGAGCCGUCAGAGAGAGAUUUUAAAGAUAUUGACUCUUCAAAAGAUAACACAAUAUCAAAAGAGGAGUUCUGGAAUAUUUGUAACCAACAUUUUCAGCAUCUGACAGAAGAGCAAUUGAAAUAUCAGAAAUUUUUUAAGAAAUUCAGCUCAGAACAUGUAACAAUGUCAUCAACCACUCUCAGUGCUACCAGUCCUGAGACUUCUACCAAGCCAGUUACCGGUGCAUCUUCUCAGCCUGAGCAUCCCAAGACAUCAUCUUCUCUAGUGGGGCAGAAGAGUACAUCAGCAUCCAGCCAUCCUCAGACAACAACAGAAUGUUCUGCACCUGUCCCUAACUGGGAAGAAAUAGAAAAUAAGAUAAGAAAGAAUAUCCGGUGUUCCUGGAGAGACAUACUGAAGCUGUGUCAAGAGAAGGAUGUCAGCAAGAUAGGAGAAAUCCCAGUGUCCGACUUCCUAGCUAUAGCAGAGAAGUUCCAUUUGGAUUUAAGCAAAGAAGAAAUUAACCAAAUAACAACAAAAUACGAUAUCAAGAAAAAUGGAAAAUUUGCAUACUAUGACUUCUUCCAGAGCUGUAUCUUGUUGUUAAAACCACAGAAAAGCACACUGCUACAAAGAGUGAUUAUACCGAAGCCACAAAAACCGAUGAGUCCUGGACCACAAUCCAUGUUGUUCUACAGCACAAUGCUGAGAAUUCAGCCCCAGAUCUUGCACUGUUGGAGACCGCUGAAGCGCACUUUUAAAUCCUAUGAUGAAAGUCGUACUGGACUGUUAAAUGUUGCAGAUUUCAGACAAAUUCUUCAUGAAUACAAAAUCAACCUAUCGGAAGAAGAGCUGUUUAACAUUUUGGAAUACUAUGAUAAAACUCUAUCUUCAAAAAUAUCCUAUAAUGAUUUUCUCCGGGCAUUCUUACAGUAGGAUUUGGUCAAAUGCAGGAAACUGUAGAUAAAGACAGUGAUGGAUUUACAAUUUCAAAUUUCAAACUAAUAAAUUAAUUGAGAAUGGC